GAAAGCAGCGGGAGAACAGUGCCUCACACUAAGCUGCUUCACAAACACUGAAGAAUGAUUUUCCAUCAGCAGUGAUUCCAGGUGUUCACAUUUUACAUGAAUUAUUGAAGGUGGUAACUAUGACGACUAAGAAGCUGCUCAUUGAAACACUGAACCAGUUGAGUCCAGAGGACUUUGCUGAGUUCAAGUCACUCACUGAAGUAGAGAAAGAUCUCCAACUGAUGUCACAGAGCCGACUGAAAACAGCAAACACACAGGAUGUAGUGGAGCUGAUGGAGGAGACGUACAGAGGAGAGUGUGUGGAGGAGACCAGAAAGGCUUUAAUGAAGAUGAACAGGACUGAUCUGGUGCAGAGAUUAUCAGACAAACAGUUUCCUCCACUGAGCCAGAGAGUAGAAACGAUGGAGUCUCUUAUUGAGCUGCUUUUGGAGACACUGGCUGAUCUGAGUGACAGCGAGGUCAAAGACUUCAUCAAGAUCCUGAGAAGAAAACGUGGCUUAAUGAUCCCAACGAGUCUGUCAGACCUGCAGGACGUGCAGGACGUGGUGUUUUUGAUGGUGAGGACUUUUGGCCAACAGUCAGUGAAGAAGAUCAUGAAGAUUUUACAGGAGAUGAAGAGGACUGAUCUGGCUCAGAGGCUGACAGACAGCAGCUCAGAAGCUCAAAACAAACAUCUGGAUGAACAUCUGUCUGCACUGAUCCAUAAAGUUGCAACAAUGGCAGCUGUUACAGAUCUGCUUCUAGAAACACUGGAGGAUUUGAGUGAUCAGGAUCUCAAGCUGUUCAGGAGGCUCCUGCAGUUCACUCGUUUUCAGAAGAGUCUUCCACAAAUCAAACUGAGUAAUGACAGAAGAGAAACAGUGAAUGUGAUGAUUGAUAAAUGUGGUCAUCAGUCUGUGGAGGUGAUCAGGGAGGUUUUAACAGACAUGCAGAGAACUGAUCUGGUGCAGAGGCUGUCAGAGAGCAGCUCAGGACUCAAAGCUGCAGGAUCAUCAGCUGAAGGAUUUGAUGUGGAGGAAACAGAGAAAGAGAAACACUCUGAGGAUGAACGUUGGCCUGCACUGAUCCACAAAGUAGAAACGAUGGAGUCUGAUAUUGAGCUGCUGCUGGAAACUCUGGAUGCUCUCAAUGAUCGAGAGCUACAUGAGUUUAAUAAGAACCUGCGAAAAAUUCAUCGCAAAUAUGACUCAAACUUUUCAUUGACACGGUUCAAGUGGACAGGCCUGCAGGACACAGUGUUUCUGAUGGUGCUGACUUACGGCCAACAGUCAGUGGAGACGACCAUGGAGGUCUUAAAGAAGAUGAAGAGAACUGAUCUGGCUCAGAGGCUGUCAGACUGCAGCUCACUGCCUAGAAAGAAACACUCUGUGGAUGAACGACGCUCUGCACUGAUCCACAAAGUGGCAACAAUGGCAGCUGUUAAACAUCUGCUUUUAGAAAGUUUAAAUGAUUUGAACAAUGAGGAGCUCAAGAAAUUUAAGAGGCUCUUACAGAUAUUUUUUCCUGUGGGGUCUCUGUCAUACGUCUCACGGAGGUUGAGUCCAUCAUCAGUCAGAGCAGAUGUAGUGAAUCUGUUGGUGGAUAAACUUGGUCAGCAGUCUGUGGAGGUGACCAGAGAAGUUUUCAUGUGCAUGAACAGAACUGAUGUGGUGCAGAAGUUAUCAGAGAGCAGCUCAGCAUCCAGAGAGAAACACUGUGUGGAUGAACAUGGAGCUGCACUGUUGAAGCGAAAAGCAGCGAUGGGCAGUGUUGGUGAGAUUGUCUUGGAACCACUGAGUUGUUUGACUCAAAGGGAUCUCCAAAAAUUCAGGCUGUUGCUGCAGUUAACCUGCUUCAAGAAGGAACUGCCGCAAAUAGAGAGCGAGUACACAGAAACAAAAGAUGAACUAGUGGAUCAGAUGGUGGAUAAACUUGGUCAGCAGUCUGUGCCGGACUGAUCUGGUGCUGAGGCUGGCAGAGCUCAGCAAAGAACAAGAACCUAAGAGAAGAUUGAAACUUGAGCAGGACUCCAGUGAUUGGACUAAACUUGAACCUGAGGUGAACAGUACAGAUGCAGACGAGGCUCCAACUUACAGCCUUCAGUCUGCAGCAGGACACUUUGAAUGCAGAGUCUCGGGCUUGCGCUGGGUCUGUAAGGGAAAGACCAGCUUUCAGUACCAGUUUAGAUCUUGGGAGGGACACAUGGA